AUGCUCGGCUUCCUCGCCAGCGAAGGCAUCGAGGAGUAUGCCAUGCAGGCCGCCGACUUCAAGCCCACCAAGCUGGCUCUCGACGGUCUCACCGACCACGGCGCCAGGGUCCAGAUCGAGGGCGACUUCAAGAUGGAUGCCUCCAAGGUGGAGAAGCAGAGCGUGCGCAACAUCGGCAGAUUCGGUACAUGGCUCGCCCGAGAAGCCGAGACUGGGCCAAUGGACGCUGAAGUCUAUCUGCCGGAGUAUGGCGAUGUCCUGGUUGGCACAGCCAGGAUCCCCGGCAUCAAGGUCAACAUCAGGAACGGCCACACUACGCAUGUCUCUCUGGUUGCAGUCGUAGAGCCAGGGUCGGCUGAAGGCAUUCGUAGUGUUGCGCACGACUACAUCGACGGACGACUACAGCAGAUUCGCCUCAGAGGCAGGGCGGAAGUGCCCGUCAGGUCGGGCUUGAUCAGGCUCGGCAAGCAGACUAUCGAGCAGUCGAUGGUCUUCCACAGCGGCCAUGUCCCAGCGCUGCCCAAGUACAAUAUCACUAAGCUCAACCUCCGAGAAGCGAACCACGGACGCAAAGGACUGGGUGCCGACGCCUCGAUCCUCGUCAAGAACACGUUCCCUCCUGUCUCGCUCGACAUCCCUCCGGUCGCUGUGGACGUGCUGAUCGACGGAUGCUCACCUUCAGACAAACACCUCAAGGUUGGCACCGCUGAGACCCCCGAGCUGCACAUCAGGCCCAAGACCGACGUCAAGCUCAACGUCACAGGCAAUGUGGAGAAGCUCGCGGAUCCCUUGACUGAGGUCUGCCCCAACUCGGCAAAGUCGCCUCUCGACGCCUUCAUCGGUGACUACAUGAAGGGAGAGGACGCCACCAUCUACAUCAACUGCUGCACAUUUCCUGAUCCGGCAACCCCCAACUGGGCCCGUGACCUGCUCAGGGACAUCACAGUCCCCGUCCCUUUCGCUGGCAAGGAGAUGGGAAACGUGAUCAAGAACUUUUCCAUGGCCAACAUGCACUUCUCUCUGCCAAGCCCUUGGGCUGAACCGGGCACGCCUGAAGCUAACCCCUCCAUCUCGGCAACUGUCAAGGUCGACAUCGGACUUCCCAACGAGAUGAAUUUCCCCUUGGACGUUCAUCAGAUCAAGGCGGAUGCUGACAUCUUCUACAAGAAGAAGCUGCUCGGGAAGAUGAAGCUUGACAAGUGGCAACACGCCAACUCGACAAGAAUCAAAGGCCAUGGUCAGGAAGGCCCCUCUCUGCUGGUCCAGUCCGAGAUCGAGAAGGCUCCGAUCGAGAUUCAAGAUGAUGAUCUGUUCACCGAGGUCGUCCAAGCUCUCCUCUUUGGCGGAAAGCCAAUCAAUAUGGACAUGAAGGCGAGUGUUGGCGUCGGCAUAGACACGCCCAUGGGCAAGCUUGCGAUCCGAGGCAUCCCCGCCAAGGGUACCGUGCCUGUCAAACCAAUUCGUGGCGGCAAAGAUCACAACGGCACAGAUGACGGCAAGUCGCCAAUGGAGCGUCUGAAUCUGAAGGUCGGCGAUAUGGCGAUCGUGGAUACGAGCCCUACUUCGAUUACACUCCAGAUGAAGUCUAAUUUCACGAACCCAACGAACUACACUGCAACCAUUCCCUACUUCAACAUCAACGUCCUUGUGAACGGGACACUCGUCGGAUCGGCAACUGUCGAGAAUAGCACUGUCUACCCCGGCAACAACUCCGGCACCGUCGUCACCGUCCUCUGGGACCCCUAUACCUACGGCGGCAUCAAGGGCAAGGACGUUGGCCGAGAAUGGCUGUCGCAGUUCAUCUCAGGCAUGCUUCAUCAGCCCUGCUUCCCUCUUUCACCACUGACUUUGGCAACAGGCUUCAACACCUCUUUGACGAUGCAAGCCCACAACGGCACCAUCCCCUCCCAGCCCGCCCUCGGUCACCUCCUCUCCCAAUUCCCCAUCACUGUCCCCGCCCCGCACAUGUCGACCGACGAUCCUGACGAUAGCGACCCUGCACCUCCAAGCGAUGGAAAGAACACUCACUUCAUCCGCAGUGCCACAAUGCACAUUCUCUCCUCCACCGCGCUCUUCACCCUCUUCUCCCCUUUUAAAUCAACCACGAUGUACCUCACUUCACUGAACGCAACCGCCUUCUACGAAGGGCACGAAGCUGGCAAGAUCCUGUACCAUCUUCCCUUUGCCGUUCCUCCUGGCUUGUCAGAAAGCCCGAGGUUGCCCGUGGAUUGGAGUUUUGGCUCGCUUGGAUACGAAGCGAUUAAAAAGGCGCUUGGGGGUCAAUUGAAGCUCAAUGCCUUUGCAAUUGUCGGCGUCAGGAUAGGGGAAUGGAGGGAGACUAUCUGGUACAAGGGCGGUAAAAUCGGUGCGAAUGUGCGGCUAUGA